AUGGAGGUCCUUCGGCUCUGCCUGUUAAAAAUGUCCCAGGGUGAACAACCCCCGGCGGCCGUACUACUGAGCGUGGCAUCCCUGUGCGUGGAACUGUCCCGCGUCUCCACCGCGCCAUUCCAAGCAUUAAAGUCCCAGUGCUCACCACCCCGCGUCCGCGUGUCCAGCGUGGUCACUGUGUGCGCUCGCGGCACGCCGGGCCCCAGCGCGCUCUGGACCACGGCGUGGGGCCUCCUUUUGCUCACGGCCCCAGCGUGGGCACAGCGAGGCCGGAAGAAGGUGGUGCACGUGCUCGAGGGCGAGUCGGGCUCGGUGGUGGUGCAGACAGCGCCCGGAGAGGUGGUGAGCCACCGGGGUGGCACCAUCGUCCUGCCCUGUCGCUACCACUACGAGGCCGCCGCGGACGACCAGGACGGCGUGCGCCUCAAGUGGACCAAGGUGGUGGACCCGCUGGCCUUCGCCGACGUCUUCGUGGCGCUGGGCCCGCAGCACCGGGCAUUCGGCAGCUACCGCGGGCGCGCGGAGCUGCAGAACGACGGGCCCGGCGACGCGUCCCUGGUCCUGCGCAAUGUCACCCUGCAGGACUACGGGCGCUACGAGUGCGAGGUCACCAACGAGCUGGAGGAUGACGCGGGCAUGGUCAAGCUGGACCUGGAAGGCGUGGUCUUCCCCUACCACCCCCGGGGAGGCCGCUACAAGCUGACCUUCGCCGAGGCGCAGCGCGCGUGCGCCGAGCAGGACGGCAUCCUGGCGUCGGCGGAGCAGCUGCACGCGGCCUGGCGCGACGGCCUGGACUGGUGCAACGCGGGCUGGCUGCGUGACGGCUCGGUGCAGUACCCGGUGAGCCGGCCGCGAGAGCCCUGCGGAGGCCUGGGCGGGGGCAGCCCCGGAGCCGCAGGCGGCGCUAACGGAGGCGUUCGCAACUACGGAUACCGCCACAACGCGGAGGAGCGCUACGACGCCUUCUGCUUCACCUCCAACCUCCCGGGCCGCGUGUUCUUCCUGAAGCCGCUGCGGCCCGUGCCCUUCGCGGGGGCGGCGCGCGCGUGCGCGGCGCGGGGAGCCCGGAUGUCCCAACUCGGAGUGCGAACCGGGCCGCCGCGCCCGUCAGCCGGCGGCCGCCCCCGGGCUGUCGCCAUGGAGACCACGCUGGCGUCCUCCGCCCCGCCGGGGUCGCCGUGGAGACGGGCGGUGUGGUUCCCAUGA